AUGAUGGAGGAGGAGCAAGAUCAAAUGUCAAUGACUGUUGAUCAUAAAGAAGAUAAUGUGGAGGAUGCUAGUUCCGAAACCGACGAGUCACCUGAUCCAAGACCUCAAUUCGAGAAUUUCACUCGAAAUGGGAUGAUCAAGAUUGGAGAAGAAACCAGCGAAUAUGUAGUAGUGAAGACGAGGUUUCUUACUGGCAUGAAAGAAUAUGCGAAGAACACAGAGAUUGCUGCCUUAAACAAGAUUUCGGGUUCUAAUUUGGCAGUGCAGGCUCGGUUUGCUGCGUUUAGGUUUUAUGAAGGGGCUGUUUUAAAGAGGAGUGGAGGGAAAGGGCAAGGAGAAGGAGAUGCCAAUAUUAUGUAUGGUUGGUAUGGUGGUUCAAAGGAGGAAAUGACACAAAUCAUCUCUUACGGGUUUAGUCGGUGUAAUGGUCAAUCACAUGGACUUGGUGUUUAUUUGUCUCCUACCAAGUUUCUUCUUGACGGGGUGAAAAAAGGGGGUAAAGGAAUUGAUAUCCGAGCUUGGAAGUUGGCAUUCAGUGUUGAACAAUUGGCAUCUUCAAGUGCUGAUAAAAAUGGGAUAAGGCAUAUGUUGUUAUGUAAUGUGUUAAUGGGGAAGAUGGAAGUGAUUCCUGCUGGUUCCAAGCAAAUAUAUCCAAUUUCAGUGGAGUUUGACUCCGGUGUGGACAAUCUUGAAGAACCGAGAAGAUUGGUUGUGUGGAGUGCUUUCAUGAAUUCUCACAUUUUCCCUACUCACAUCAUAAGUUUUAAAGUCCCUAUUAAAGUUUUGCUAAGAAAUCAGAUCAUUGAACUAAGAAAACACGGUCUUAUUAGUGUUGCCGCUCUAUUUCUUGAACUGGAAAAGUUUUUGUGUCCUGUCAAGAGAGUUUUGAUUGACAAAAUCUUUGAUGACUUUCGCAAACAUAAGAUUAACGGACUGCAACUGAUCCAGAGUACGAGACAAGUUGUUGGGGAUGAGCAGCUGUUGAUUGCAAUGAUUAAUGCGUACCAAGACAAGCUUGUGGUAAGAGCAUGA